GUCAAUCUACACUCAUAAGCACGCUCGGUUGCGGUGUGAAGUUACUUUCUAAAAUGACACUUCGGGAUAUUUUUGUCGGCACGAUGUUGCUGUUUUUGUCCAGAAAGUUGCAGUGAUGAGGCGUGGAGAUCCUCUCCCUCGAGCCUUUCAGGCUCCAGUAGAUGUACAUGCCAGUGCAGAUGGCCAAGUGUAUAUGUUCAGCCACAGACAAGAAGAACCGGAAGCAUCAUCAGAAGAUGAGGAACUCAAUGUCAUGGAGCUCAGGCCUCGGAGCAGAGAUUCAUCCUCACAAGAGAAAGAAGGAGUGGGAGAAAUGCUCUUGCUGGAACGGGACAUCUCCCAUGAGGACAAUCUCAACAAACUGGCCCUUCAGUAUGGAUGCAAGGUGGCUGACAUAAAAAGGGUGAACAACCUUUUUCAAGAGCAGGACAUGUAUGCACUGAAGUCCAUCAAAAUCCCGGUAAAAAAGCAUGGCUUGCUAACUGAGGCCAACUCUGAGCUCAGGAAUCCCCAGCAGAGACCUUACCAUGAUGCAGCACCAUCAAACAGUGCUGUGGCAAGUGUAGCAGGAAGACCCCAAGUGCAGGAAUACACCAAUUACCUUAAAGAGGUGGACAAUGACAUUGAGCGACUGAUCCAAAGCACAGACCCUGUAGAAGAAGUGUUUUCUGACAGUUCCAGGGUGUCUAGAGGAUGGGGAUGGAGAAGCCAGCGUUUGCGCAGUAAUGGGGCAGACUGGGGGAUCCAGUGGUGGAAUGCUGUUAUUGCCAUGCUACUCAUUGGCAUCGUCCUACCAAUAUUCUAUGUGGUAUAUUUUAAAACUCAAGACAGUGGUGAAUCUGCCGUGGACAAUGUAGGUGUCAACAUAUCUGUUUCUACCUCAAACAGUACUAGGGAAUAUAAUGGGAAGUCACCUUGAGGAAAAAGGCGUAGUGAAGCCUUUGAAAUUUCAAGUUUGGUUUGAUGCCUAUUUUUUGUGCUAUUUUGUAGGUAAAUUUAGUAUUACAAUAUGUCAACAAUACACACAUAUCCAACCCAGGAUCAUUCUGAAAACAUACCUCUACAGACGUUUCUGGAGACUACAGUUUCUGCAGUUUUUGUUUUCGCAAAUCCACGAGAGGCCGCUGUUUGAGUUCUCAAAUUUCCCUUGCAAGUGCCAUUCGCGCCUACUGUUCUCACGUAAACCCACCAGAGGUCGCUGUUGACUGACUUUUUGACUAACUUUUUGACUGACUGAGCGAACGAUUGUCUGACCCACCCUCCCCCUUUCCUAAACCCAAACAAUUUUAUCGAUUGACCUGCCCACCCACUUCCUUAAACCCAACCAACACGUUUCAAAAGAAUUCCAAACAAAUAAAAGCCCUGAUUUUUUUACCACGUUUUCAGAUUUUACCAUAUUCUCACUCUGCUAUUUACUUGUUUAUUAUAUUUUUGAGAUUCUGUUUUUGUCUUACCCGCUUUCUGGAACUGCUCUUCAUCGGACUCCAACCUCGUUGUGGUCAACUCCUCUCUGCGUCUCAAGUCCGCCAACGUACAUGACAUGCUAACGGGACAAACUGGUUGCAGCCGGAAUCCCAUCCAUAUGGAGGUAAGCGGUCAGCUGGAAGCACGAAAAGGAACGGUGUCACACCGCCCCAUAGUGUUCGUUUAAAAUAAUUAAAUGCAGCCAUGCGUACCUCUGGCUACGUAAUCCGCGGACUCCAGAAAUGUCUGUAGGGCUACGUUUUCAGAACGAGCCUGUGUUGCACAUAUCAUGGUAAAUUCAAGUAAAAAGAUUACUCCUCCAAAAAAGGGCUCAAAUGACUGGAAUAUGGUACAAUCCCAAUUAAUUUUGCACAAAAUAGAGCACAAAAUUUGUGUUCCACAGAAAUUGUUUUAUGAGAAAAUUAUAUCAAAUGAGAUUGAGUUAGCAUUACAGUUUAAAGCAUUGAAACUCUUUUUGGAUUUAUGGGUGCUCUUAUUUUAAUGUAUUAUGAAACUGUAUUAUGUAACAGCCUUUUUUUAAAUCAUUAAUAUUUAUGUACUGGCUUGGUAUAUCAGUGUUUGAUAAAUCGAGUGGAUUAAUAGCAACAAAAAGCAAUACAAAAUAAGCCUUUUUUCUCUCAACUUCAUACCUGUUUUUGUGAAUGCAUUGUGUGCUAACUCCAAUAUGUAUCUUUGUUUUGAUUUUACCAGAACACUAUUGCCAAAUGGUUGUAUUAAUAUGGUGCCAACUGUGCCAAAGCAUAGAUGUGUAUUAAAUAACUGUUUGUUCAGUCAUUAGAAGUGCAAUAUCAAUAGAAUACAAAUACCACAGGAAGAACUAAAUUCAUGGCAAAUGGACACAUUUUGACCUUUGGACCAUGACAUUAAAAUAUAUCUUUUGAA